AUGGACCAAAUGAAGAAGGAUGGAUUGAAGGCAGGCUUCAAAGAGGUUGAUAGGGUGAUUGCGCACCUGCCCUCGACAGACAAGUUGUUCCGCUCGUCAUCGCCAAACUAUGAUGGCCAUAAGGACAGUUCACAGCAUUUCACACCCCAGUCCAUUCCGUUCCUCACCAAGUACAAGAUUCGUCACGUCAUCAGUCUCAACCACGAGGCCAAAGAUAUCAAAAUCUCGAAGCCCCUUGCCGACGCCAAGAUCGAAUAUACCCCGUUGCCAGUCGAAGACUUCAAGUCACCAACACUUGCUCAAUUGGAGGAGGCAUGGAAGAGAUACAAGGCUUAUCGCUCGGGAACACUGGUAUGGUGUGGCUAUGGGCAUGGACGGACCGGAACUAUGGUCAGCGCACUCCAGAUAUAUGCGAUAAAAGAAAGGGGAGCCACGGCAGGACUGUCCACUGCAGAAUAUAAUGCGAAUCACGUGGAGGAGCCCGCCCAGAGAGCAACACUGGAUGAACUCCAGAAAAAGUUGGGACUCAAGAAACCUGCUUGA